AGAAAAAGACUUGAACAAAUGAGUUGGAAGAUAAUAUUUGUCCAUCUUCUAAAUCCUCAUGAUCAGCCCACCUUUCUCUUUGUCUGUUUCACAACCAAAUUAAAUUCAAUUUCUACUCUUGUUUUUCUCAAAUUAAUCUUAUUUUUCUUCUAUUAUUUCUUUUCUUCACCAUUCCCCGCGCUUAUUCGUCCAUUAAUGUUUCAUAUUUUGCUGCCAAAACAAGAAAACAAAAUUAAAUUCACUUAAAUUUGGUGGGCAUUUAUUAGUUUUCUUCCCCAUAUUGGAAAAAAGUUUUCUUUAAGGAGCAAUAUAUAUGUCAAAUUUUCAGUGAUUAAAUUGCUAAUAAGGGCUUUUAGUGAUCAUGCCAAUCGAUUCUUCCGAUUCUCUCAAAAUUUCGAGAGAGAAAAGAAGUUAUUUAACUGAGGUUUGCGACAUUGAAAAGCGGCUUUGGUCGUGUAUUCACUCCAAAGGAGUGCUUCACAAUAAUGUUCAAGAUCUAUAUCAUAAGGCUUGUUGUUUAUAUGAGAAACUCUUCCUUAACAACAAUGAACUAGGAGACCUUCAGAACAUUGAGUAUCUUUUAUGGAGACUUCAUUACAAGCACAUUGAUGAGUUCCGCAAGAGAAUUACCCAAAACUCGGUUGAGGGUCAAAAUAAGUUGGGAGCUACCAAUCAAAAGAAGGUUGCAAAUAAGGAAAUAGUGGAUGUAAACAUCGAAGGUUUUAGAUCAUUUUUGUCGGAAGCAACUAAGUUUUAUCAAGAUUUAAUAAGAAAAAUUAAAACGUUCUAUGGCCUUCUCGAUGAGCCUUGGUUCUAUAAGAACGAUGGAGUUUCUGGCCGUAUAGAAUGGAAGGAAUUGCAUAAGUGCCAAUUUGUUACUCACCGGCUUUGUAUCUGUCUUGGGGAUCUUGCUAGAUAUCAGGAACUCUAUGAAAAGCCUAAUAGUCAGCAAAGAAACUGGUGUGCUGCUGCAAGUUAUUACUUGGAAGCAGCUAAAAUUUACCCUGAUGGUGGAAACCCCCAAAAUCAGUUGGCAGUUCUCGCUACAUAUAUUGGGGAUGAUUUCCUUGCUUUGUAUCAUUGUAUAAGAAGUUUAGCUGUUAAAGAGCCGUUCCAAGACGCCUUGCAAAACCUUAUAUUACUGUUUGAAAGAAAUAGGUCAAUAAACAUGAUUUCCGAGUCAAGUGAUGAGUAUGAUUUCUAUAAGCCAUCGGAGUGGAUUUCCAUCCCUAAUAAGGCAGGAGCUUCUAGUGGCACUUUCUAUAAUACCAAUACUCCAGAAGUAGCUGAGCGUGAUCAAUCUGAGCCAACUGAUGUAUGGACUCUUAUUAUCAGAACUUUUAGUUUCUUCUUCUUAGAUCCCAGUUUGGAAAGCUUCCCUUCGAGUUAUGUUUCCACUCUAAAAGAAUUGGAAGCAUUAUUGGCUCUACAUGUGACCAAAUUGAGCUCUGCAUUAGAAUCUUACCGAAAUAUGAACUUAUCUAAGGCAGGUCCCUAUCGAGCCCUACACAUAAUUUCCGUCCUCUUGUUCAUCAUCCACAACCUAUCUGAAAAUCCUGAACGGAGGAUUCUCAAACCAAUAAAUGAAACACAGCAGUCCAUGCUAGUAAAGUUAGCUUUGACUGUCACCUUCACGUUCAUGGGCCGUUUUGUUGAUCGAUGUUUGAAGGGAAGCCCAGUGAGAUACUUCCCUCUUUUACCCGCCUUACUCGUGUUUGUGGAGUGGCUGGUGGAGGCCGGUGAUAAAGUAGAUGUCGAUGAUGGGAAGUGUGAAAGUGCAAGGUGCUACUUCUUUGCCUCGUUUGUAGAUCUCCUGAACCAACUUCGAGAAAACGAGGCAGAAAUAACCUCUCUUAAUCAUAUUGCAUUAUGGGAAGAUUACGAAUUGAGGGGAUUCAUACCGUUGUCCAAAACGCACGACUUGUUGGAUUUUUCUCGUCACUGGGAAGAAGAAAUUAACUACAAAAUGAAGAAUGAAUACCGUGCCCAUCGAAUUGUUCAAGCAGCAACAAAGAUCGCAAAAAGAUCAGCUCUUAGUGCAAAGAAAUGGCUCUUUUAUGAUGAUCAGAGUAGAAAGUUUAGUACAACCGAGACAAAAGAUAAUGAAAAACAAGCUCCGUUAGAAGAAGAAGAAGACAUUGUGUUUAAGCCUAUCAUUCGACAUAAUUCAGAACCAAUACAAAUCAAGGACCAACAAAAGACAACAGAAGGCUCCGAUGAUUCCUUAAGACGUUCCUCUUCAGUUCUCGUAGCACAAAAUCGAGCUUUGAUCAGCUCCUUAAUUUCCACGUCUCCAACUCUAUCUCCGAGUCCUAGCAAGCAACACACGCAAAAUGAGCAUCCGAUAGCUGCUGGUCCACCAUCACUUAGCUCAUGGGUUCUAAACGGAGAGAAUUUAUCGGCUGAAAGAAAAAAGAAUGGGGAUGUGAACAGAAGUGUAUUGAAACCGAUCAUGGAGAUGGAUUCUGACGAUUUCAUGAAACGUCUUUCUCUGUCUACUACUGACAGUUGUAGCAAUGUUUCUGCAGUGGCAUGCCCGCCUUCUUGUUCUGCCGCCUCACCACCUGCCUCGUUACAACCCAGUAAUUCGGUUUGGUUAAUCAGUGCACAGACUCCUCAACCAGCGAGUUUUGUUGGUUCACCGCGAGUGAAUUUAUCUUCAUUUCCCUCGGACAUUCCCCUAGCAAGCCCGAAUUUUCCUAGCCUUAUGGAUCAUUCUACACCAUGGAGCAGUCCUCAGUUCCCAGAUCAACAGGCUGCAUCUCGACGUACCGAUGGCUCGAAUUUCAGUUCAAGUUUCAACCACUUCAACCCUUGGAAUUCAUCAUCGAACGUCUAUAUGGAAAGCGCUCCACCAUUGUUUCUUCCGAGCUCUUCACUUCUUCAUGGGUUGCAAAAUAAUCAGCAACGACAAAGACCUUACGCUUUACCUGGAAUGUCGGACAUGAGGUCAGCGCCACAGCCACAGCCACAGCCACUUCUGCAGUACCUUGAGGAAAGAGAGUGGCAGCUGCAGCAAGAGUCGCCGUUUACAGGUUCUCCCUAUAUGCGUAACUGAUAUAGAACUCAAAUCACGAGGAAAUGCAAGAUUUACUAAUUAAUAGAGUCGAGAGUCAACAAUCCAGUAUCCUGCACAAGUCAGGGUCUAGGGGGAGGAGGGUAACAGGCAGAUUAUACCUGUGCUCCCUCCAAGGAGAGGACAAGGAGAAAAGCGCGCACCCAAUUUUACUAAUUAAUGCAAGAUCUUAUUUAUGAGGUUUUCCUUAGUUUCUUGCACACUCUUACACAUUGAGUGUUUACAUUGUAAAUGUGUUUGAUAAAUAAACUAUUAAACUAUAAUCAUGUACAUAUUUAACCUUCUCUUAUCAUAUAAUAGUAUAAGUAUGUGUAUCAUGGUACA